AAUUUAUCUGUAUUAAAAUUCACUUUAAAUAAAGAUAGAAAAAAGAAUAAAAAAUAAAAUAGGUUAUUUUAAAAUUACAAUAAUAAUUUAAUGAAUUAGAUAAAUACUCCUAUCAAAAAUAUAAGAGGCUAUAGCACAGGCAGCUUACCUCCAUAAUAAUAUUAAACUAGUUAGCAAGCAAAUAUUAAUUUUGAUACUCAAUCAUAUAGCUAGUAAAACCAUUAAAACUAAGCACCCACUAAUUAGUUUUAGCAGUAGCAAAAUUAACAAAGAGGAUCCUCUGGUCAAAAAUACUUGAACUCAAAUAUUCCUACUUACUAGCCAUAAAUCUCUUAAGUUCCAACAUAAUCUUAUUUAAUUUAAAAUGGUUAAUCUUCUUCUUCUAGCAAUUUUUCUUUAAUUUCUCCCGCAAAAGCAAGAAAUUCAUCUAUUGAAGGAGGAAAUAGCUAUAGUGUUGGCACAAAUAUAUAGCCUAUGACUAUAUAAGCUUAGAUUUAGCAAAAACAGGUCAGAAACAUACAAACGCCAACUAAAUAAAGAUAUAUUGUUUGCAAUCCUUAGAUUUAAAACAGUGGUGGAAAUCAGUAAGUUAUUUCUAAUAACUAAAAUUAGAUAAAUGGAAUUUAUAAUUAUUCAAUCCAACAAAAGACAAACGGAUUGCAAAAUUCCAAUUCUAAAAGUAAUUAAAUAGGUAUCAAUAACAGAAGUAUAUAGAAUAAUAACAAUAGUAAUAAUAAUAUCAAUAAUAUUAGUGGUAAUGGACUUAACAACAGUGGAUAUGGUCUGUAACCUAGUAAUGCAGGUAACAAUAUAAAUGCAAAAGGUAAUAAUCUAUAAGUAACUCCAGGAAUUUAACAAUCUGCACUUACAUAUAGUAUCAAUGGAAAUCUUGCAUAAAUUUUAACAGUUGCUGGAGCUAAUUAAAAUGCGAAAGUUCCAACUAUUAUAUAAUAAAAUGCUAAGCAGUAAGUAGGGUUACUAAAACCAAUUCAUCAUCAAGUAAUUGUGCAAUCUCCAACAAAAGAAAAUACACAACUAAAGAGCUCAUCUUUGCCUAAGCAUAAUAAUUAAUUUAGUCUGAUCAAUAAUAUAUUAGAGAAUAGCAUUAAUAACAACAGUACCAAUUAACUUUCCUAGAAUGGAGUUAACUCUGCUAAAAAAUUAUCAAAUGUUUAAUAAUAGCUUAAGCAAUAGUAACUAUCCUAACAGUAAAAUAUAAACACAAAUAGUUCGGCAACUUAUCUUAAUAGCAACAAUUCUGUUUUUGGACCCUCUCCCUAAAAGGGAAGGCCUGAAUAAAGCGAUCAACCAAACUAACAAUAAACUGUCUGUUUGGGUAAAAAUAAUACUAAUGGAGGAUAAGUUCACUAAGGUUCUUUAUAAGUAAAUAAACAAUAAGUACCUUAAGUAUUAUAAAACCAUUUAGUUUCUAAGCUAAAUAUGCCAAAUAAUUAUCACAUUUAGCCAAUACAUAAAUCUUUAUCAAUACACUAAGAUUAAAGAGUUCUAAUUUCUUAAAAUCCUUUACCCAUCGCUUAGAAUGUUUAAACUCCUAGCUUAUCAAAUAAUUUAUUAAAUUAAAAGACUCUUGAAGCAAGUCUCAAAGAAGCGAACCAAGAAAAAGAACUGCUUAGAGAAAAGCUAGUAAAAUAAGAGAGCGAUUUGCAAAAUUUGACUUAAGAAAACGAGAAGUUAAACUAGCUUGUUUAACAGUUUCUAGGAGAAAAAAAACAAAAUGAAGAUAACACUACAAAUCGAAAUCAAGAAAUUGAAUAAGAUUUUGCUGAAAACUAAGACAAAAUUAAAAAGACAUCAAAUAAAAAUUAGCAAAAUGAUGAUACUGUUGAAGAAGACGGAGUUAAUUUUGGUUCUAGUUCAGAUGCUUAAGAAGUAGAAAAGAUUUUAUUAGAAAAUAAAUAGUUGUAAGAAAUGGUAUCAGUCCUUGAAAAGAGAAUAAACUAAAUAAUUGCACAAAAAGAAGAAGAAUAUGAGGGCAAAAGGGAUUCUGAAUUUAAUUCAAACUAAGAAGAACUUCAUUUAGUGUAACUUGAAAAUGAAGAUUUGAGAAAAAAAAUAGGAAUUCUUAUUGAAACAAACGAGAAAAAUAUGUAAUAUUAUCCUGAAGUAAUUGCCGAAUAAGAAAAUAAAUUAAAAGUAUUAGCUGAAGAGAACUUUAGUCUUAAUCAGGUUAUCAGAAAUAAAGUUGAAGAAAUUGACUAAAUACAUGCAAAAUACUCUCAUGAGUUGUAAAAGAUUAAAUAAACAGAUAGAGAAGGUAAAGAUUUGACAUAAUCUUUGCAACAGCUGAAAUAGCAAUUGGAAGAUUUAUAAAAAAAUUACUCUUUAGUAAUUCAAGAAAGGGAUCAAUUAAAGAAUGAAAAAGAAAAUAUAGAGUUUUAAUUUGAUUAAAAUAAAAUAGAGCUAGUAAAUGUCUAAGAUUCAAUCAAUUAGUAUGAGAAUAAGUUAAAAUAAACUAAUGAAGAAAAAGAAAAAAUAUUUAAUGACUAUAAUAUAAGAGCUUAAGAAAUAGAACACUAUAAAGAAGAGUAGGGCAAUCUUCUCUAGCAGUUGGAAAAUAUGAAUUAAAUUUUAGUUAAUCGUAGCAAUGAACUUUAGAUGGUCUAAGAACAAAAUUAAUUGCAAGAAGGUAAUGUUCUAGAAUUAACUCGCUAGCUAGAAAUUCUUAUCAAUGAAAAUGAAAAACUUAACAACUUUAUUCAGUCUUAAAAUAAAGAUGAUCCCAGCUAUCAGUCUUUAUAAGCAAUGCUAGAAGAUAAAGACUAAUUCAUAGGAGAAUUAGAAAAAUAAAUCAACGACCUUUAAAAUUAAAAGCACUUAGAGUCGACUGAUUAUGAAAUUAUCAUUUAAGAGCAAAAAGAUAUUUUGAAAGAAUUAGAAGAGAAAAUUCAAUUAUUAGUAUAAGAAAACGAUAAGCUAAAUUAAAUCAUUUAGAAUUAAUAACUAACACAAAAUGACUUUUAAGUCAUAGCUGAUAUGGAGACCAAAGUGUAAGAAUUGGCAGAAGAAAAUUAAAAACUACUUACUACUGUAGAAAAAUAUAAACAAGAAGCAGAAUUGUGGAAAAGAUAAGUUAUGCAACAAGCUUCAUAAAGUACUUCUUCAACUUCUUUACCUCCUUAGCCUCCACAAAAUCCUUAUUAAAAUGGUGUGCAUACUAUUUAGUAAUAACAAUUGGUUUAACAACAAAAUAUAAAAUAAAUCACAAACUCAUCUCCUAUUUCUUCAAAUGCUAAUUAGUAAUUAAACUGGUAAACAAUAUAACAAUAAUAAUAGCAACAACAUUCUGAUUUAUCAAGCUCAUGGCAUAAUUAAUCUUCUUAAUAUUUUAAUAGCUAAUCUGAGUAGUAAUUACCAAGUUCCUAAUAUUUAUAAGUUUAGUAACAGCCAUAAUAAUAAUCACAAUAAUAAUAGUAACUAUAAUAGAUAUCACAAUAGCAAUAAUAAAUAUAAUAAAUACCAUAAUUUGGUUAAAUUAAUCCAUAACCUUAAAUCAAUCUUACGUAAAAACGAUUCCCUAGUGCUGGUAAGAGUUACCAAUAAUAAUAAUUUUCUUGA